AGGGGGGAAAGAAGCGCUGCCAUGGGCACGACGAAUACGCAGACAUGCGAAACAAUGGGGAGCCAGCGCCGUGAGGAAGGCAAGACCCAGUCCGAGCUCGAUGAGGAAGAGGAGCAUUCACAGGAGCAGCAAUCUGGUCCAGAAAGUCCGACUGACUCGUCCGUAAUCGAGGCAUUUUACGCGGAGGCGAUCGUCUUUGUAACCGGCUCCACCGGCUUCCUUGGUAAGGCCCUUCUCGAGAAACUGCUAAGAUCCUGCCCACGACUCAGCGCCAUUUUCAUCCUCAUUAGACCGAAGAAGGGACGUACGAUAGAGCAAAGAUUCACCGAGCUGAUCGAGAAUCCCGUAUUCGACAGAUUACGUCGUGAGUGUCCAGGUGAUCUGGGUAAAUUGUUCCCGGUUAAGGGCGACGUGAGCCAGCCGGAACUUGGGCUCAGCUCCGAGGACCGACAGAUGUUGAUGCAGCGGGUGAACAUUGUCUUUCAUAGCGCAGCGACGGUGCGCUUCGACGAGCCAAUAAAGACGGCCGUCAAUCUCAAUACCCGCGGUACCGAUCGCGUUGUCGACCUCUGCAAGGGGAUGGUCAACCUCGUCUGCCUCAUACACGUUAGCACCGCCUACAGCAAUGCCGAUCUCCGCGACAUCCAGGAGAUGGUCUACAGCACGAAGGUGAAGCCACAAACCGUGAUGAACAUGUGCGAGAACCUAGACGACGAGACGAUGGCGGUGCUGGAGAAGAAGCUCAUGGGUAAUCAUCCCAACACGUACACGUUGACCAAAAGUCUGGCCGAGCAGGUUAUCCUCACCAAAGGCGUCGGUUUGCCGGCCGUGGCAAUCGUCCGGCCGAGCAUUGUGUGCGCGGCCAUUCAGGAUCCAUACCCCGGGUGGGUCGACAAUGUCAGCGGCAUCACAGGUAUGCUGAUGGAGAUCGGCAGGGGUACCAUAAGAAGCAUCGUCUGCCAGCCACGCUUCGUCGUCGACGUGGUACCGGUUGACUACGUCGUCGAUACUCUUAUCUGCACCGCCUGGCACGUAACCACCAGCAAACCUAAGCGGUUCACCAACGAUUCAUGCGCUCUGCGAGUCUACAAUUGCACCAGCGGCAGCAUCAAUCCCAUUAAGUGGGGAGAAAUCGGGGAAUUGACGCGAAAGUACGCGAUCGAGUCGCCGUCAAAAUACGUCAUGUGGUAUCCUCAUGUUACCUAUCGCUCCAGUCAAAUAUUUCACAAGGUCGCGAUAGCGAUUCUACACUUCUUGCCGGCCUUCGUCAUCGACCUGAUUCUGCGUUUUCGAGGUAGUAAACCAAAAAUGAUUAAUAUAACGAAGCGCACGAUGAGAAUGGCCAAGUCGGGGGAAUUCUUCGCCGUAAAUGAGUGGUACUUUCACGCCGAGAACAUGAAGAAGUUAGUUAAAUGCAUAAAAAGCUCCGUUGUUGAUGGGAGCACUAUGCGUUACAAUAUCGAUAUUACAAAUUUGGAUUGGGAGUCGUAUGUAAAGCAAUACGUACUGGGAAUUCGAAAAUACGUUCUCAAAGACACUCCCGAUUCAUUAAGCAAAGCAAAAAGUAAACUCAACAAGCUUUACUGGAUUCGCAAGAUUACGCAACUUUUUAGCCUUUACGUGCUGGUGAAAAUUAUUUAUCAUGCGAGUGUUCGGUGACGCGUACCAUUUCGCUCCUGCAAAUAAUCGAGCGUUUACUGAAACUUGAACAAUAUGCCGAAAAUGUUAGGUAGUCAUUAUUGAAAUUCAUGAAUGAUUAAACAUAUUCACAUGCAUUUAUUAUGAAAUUAAUUAUAAUUUAUGCUACGAGUUUAUGAUAGAAUGAACGUUUUCUGA